AAAUGCUAACCUCAUUCCAAUCCCAUAUCCAUAGCACACCACUAAUUUCUAUCUCUCUACCAUCAAUUCUCUCUCUAGGUUCAAAUUUUUGCAGCCAAGAAUCAUGCAGAGACAGCUAGCUAACAUGAAGCAAACCCUUUUUGAUCAGGGAUAUCUGGAUGAACAAUUUAUUCAGCUUGAAGAGCUACAAGAUGACGCCAAUCCGAAUUUCGUCGAAGAAGUUGUGACGUUGUACUACCGCGAUUCGGCUCGACUUAUCCAAAAUAUUGAGCAAGCCUUGGAGAAGAGUCCUCUGGAUUUUUCGAAGCUGGAGUGCUUGAUGCAUCAAUUUAAGGGCAGUAGUUCAAGCAUUGGAGCUAAAAGGGUGAAAAGUGAAUGUACACAGUUUAAAGAGCACUGCAGAGUUGGAAAUGCUGAUGGUUGCAAGAGAACUUUCCAGCAAUUGAAGAAGGAAUAUGCCACUCUGAAAAAGAAAGUAGAAGUCUAUUUUCAGUUUGCGAGACAAAUUGGGCCUGUUGAGAAAGCUUGUCGCUCAAAGUAAUGAUAGAUUUAUGUUAUAUAUAUAUAUAUAUAGGCUUCAAUGUAAUUGGUGUGGUUUAUCAUAGCUUAGUCUAAAACUCACCAAAAACCUUCUCAGAUGCAAUAAGAGAAGGUCUCUCUCUGAUCAGUGAUGAUAAUAUUUUGACUUUGGAAAAAAUAUGAUUUUCUCAA